UGGCUCACGCCGUCUGAAUCACCAUUGUGGGCAGCAUCUGAGUGGAAGAGACCGCCCCGGUGUCCGCCGCUGCAUCCGACUCGCUCUCGCACUCGGCUUCAUUCACGCACACUGCUCCCACCGGGAUGGAGCCGCCUCGGCCAGCGCGCAGAGCCAGCGGGGGACGCGCGCACUUCCACGCCGCACGCCUCAUGGCCGCGACUUUGCGGCGCAUAUUGUACACGUCCGCGUGGAUGGUGACGCUGGUUUCAGGUUCCAGGACGAGGAUUUACCCGCCGAGCGAGGUGACCCUGCUGGAUACCAGGACAGUGCCAGGAGAACUGAAAUGGGCAGCCAGUCCUGCAGAGGGAGGGUGGGAAGAAGUGAGUAUUAUGGAUGAGAAGAACAUCCCCAUCAGAACAUACCAGGUGUGUAACGUCCUCGAACCCAAUCAAAACAACUGGCUCAGGACGGACUGGAUCCCUCGGUCCGGGGCUCAGCGGGUCUAUGUCGAAGUCAAGUUCACGCUGAGAGACUGUAACAGCCUACCAGGCGUCACCGGCACCUGCAAGGAGACAUUCAAUCUGUACUACCACGAGUCAAACGACGACAGAGAGAGCUACAUCAAAGAGAGCAGCUUCAUCAAGGUGGACACCGUGGCGGCAGACGAGAGCUUCACCCAGGUGGAUGUUGGCGACCGCAUCAUGAAGCUGAACACUGAGGUGCGAGACGUGAAGGUCACGACUCGCAAAGGCUUCUACUUGGCCUUUCAGGAUGUUGGCGCCUGCAUCGCUUUGGUUUCUGUCAGGGUUUUCUUCAAAACCUGCCCGCUCACCAUCCGCAACCUGGCAACCUUUCCCGACACCGUUACUGGCGCCGAUACGUCCUCCUUGGUGGAAGUCAGGGGGUCGUGUGUCAACCAAUCAGAAGAGAGAGAUGAGCCUAAAAUGUACUGCGGUGCUGAUGGAGAGUGGCUUGUUCCUAUUGGCGGAUGCCUCUGCACCCCAGGAUAUGAAGAGAAGGGGGGAGCAUGUAAAGCCUGUUCUGUUGGUUUCUACAAGGCCAAGUCUUCGGAUGCAGGAUGCUCCAAGUGUCCCCCACAUAGCCACUCGCUCAGAGACGGGGCAACCGAAUGUGACUGCAACUCGGGAUUCUUCCGUGCAGACAGCGACCCUCCCUCCAUGGCCUGUACCCAGCCACCCUCAGCCCCACUGCAGCUCAUCUCCGUUGUGAAUGAAACCUCGGUGGUCUUGGAGUGGGCCCCCCCUCGUCGGCUGGGAGGACGGAGUGACAUCAGCUACAGCCUGGAGUGUCUCAUCUGUCAAACAGGGAGCCACAGUCAGUCUGCCGGCAAAGCCCCCCUCAGGAACCACAGCGUCCCUCAGCCUGAAGGUCAGCACCGUGGCUCGGGGAUGCAGUCCGACCAGGGGAUUGUGGGAUCGGAGGUCCAGUCAGGCAGAGGUGUCUUCCAGAGCAGACCGGUACUUGAGGAUUACCCGAAACUCAGCUCUGGCUCCAUCUCCAGCUCCCAGCUGUGCCUGCCCUGUGGCUCCGAUGUGCUCUUCUCUCCCGGCCAGACCCGCCUGAAGACCACAAGGGUGGUGGUGAGAGAGCUGAGGGCUCACACACACUACACCUUCAUCGUCCACGCACGCAACGGGGUCUCCCAAGCCAGCGGUGCAGGGCCGGCCCAGAGUGUGUCUGUCACCGUCACCACUAACCAAGCUGCUCCCUCUCCGGUGUCAUCCAUCCAAGCCACCGAUGUCACCAGGCACAGUUUGUUGUUGUUGUGGCAACAGCCCGAUCGACCUAACGGGGUCAUCCUGGAAUACGAGGUCAAGUUCUAUGAAAAGGAUCACAAGGAGAGGUCCUACCGCAUAAUCAGGACCUUCUCGCGCAACGUGGAUGUCACAGGUCUUAACCCCCUCACCGCGUACGUGUUUCACGUGCGUGCUCGCACGGCUGCUGGAUACGGAGAGUUCAGUGCUCCAUUUGAAUUCUCCACCAAUUCAGACCCUUUCCCUCUGAUUGGAGAAGGAGUUAACUCGGCCUUCCUGCUGCUGUCUGUCAGCGGGGUUGGAAUCUUACUGCUGAUAUCUGCAGCUGUCUUCAUCAUUAGCCGCAGGAGGAGCAAGUACAGCAAAACGAGGCAGGACUCAGAGGAGGAGAAACAUCUUAACCCAGGGGUCAAAAUCUACGUGGAUCCGUUCACCUAUGAAGACCCCGAUCAGGCCAUCCACGAGUUUGCCAAGGAGAUUGAUGUUAGCAGUAUUCACAUUGAGAGGGUUAUUGGCAUGGGAGAGUUUGGGGAGGUUUGCAGCGGCCGCCUGCGCGUGCAGGGGAAGAGGGAGAUCUACGUGGCCAUCAAGAGCCUGAAGGCGGGAUACUCUGACAAACAGAGGAGGGACUUCCUGUCUGAGGCCUCCAUCAUGGGACAGUUUGACCAUCCCAACAUCAUCAGGCUGGAGGGUGUCGUCACGAGAUGCAAGCCGUUGAUGAUCAUCACAGAGUACAUGGAAAAUGGAUCCCUGGAUGCCUUUCUUCGUAAACACGACGGCCAGUUCACGGUGAUCCAGCUGGUCGGCAUGCUGCGUGGUAUCGCCUCCGGUAUGAAGUACCUGUCGGACAUGAGCUACGUUCACAGAGACCUGGCAGCGCGGAACAUCCUGGUCAACAGCAACCUGGUGUGUAAGGUGUCGGACUUUGGCCUGAGUCGGGUUCUGGAGGACGACCCAGAGGCAGUCUACACUGCAAGGGAGGCCACUGGGACUUACCUUUCCCCUGGAGGGAAGAUCCCCAUCAGAUGGACGGCCCCAGAGGCGAUAGCCUACAGGAAGUUCACCACGGCCAGUGACGUGUGGAGCUACGGUAUCGUCAUGUGGGAGGUGGUUUCGUACGGAGAGAGACCCUACUGGGACAUGAACAACCAGGAUGUCAUUAAAGCGAUAGAGGAAGGCUACCGCCUGCCUGCCCCCAUGGACUGUCCCGUGGUGUUGCACCAGCUCAUGCUGGAUUGUUGGGAGAGAGAGCGAGCGGAGCGACCCACCUUCAGCCAGAUACUCAACAUGCUGGAUAAACUCAUCCGCAACCCCGGGACUCUGCGCCGGACAGGAGGGGACAGACCUGCACCCACCAUGCUGGAGUCAGGGAUGGCUUCAGAGGUGUGUGUGUCCGUUGUACCAGAGGUGUGUGUGCAGGAGUGGUCGGUGUGUGAGUGGCUGCAGUCCAUCGGGUUGGAGAGGUACACAGACACGCUGGCGGCCGCAGGAUACACCAGCCUCGACAGCCUUCUGGCUCUCACACACCAGGAGAUGGACAGACUCGGGAUAAUCACGCCGCCACACCAGGACAGACUAAUUGCUAGUGUGCAACAAGAAAUGCUGUCUCAAAUGCAGCACAUGCAACACACUAUGGUUCCAGUCUGAACCGCAGAACGGAUACAAACCUAUUUUCAGAAGAAUUUCAUUUACCUCGUUCAUGCACUUUAGAGGGACUUUUCACCAGAGGAUAUACAAGGAACGGAUGAAAGUGAGAAAAAUACGAAAUGAGAAGAAGAGAAAGAGAAAAGCAGCACUUUUGUGAACCUCCGUCAUGUGGAGUUUUCUAAAAAACAAAAACGCUAUCUGGACGUGGCCACAGAUAGCAUUGAGCUACCGAGAGCUUAGACUGAAGCCUCAUCCUCUUAUCCAACUCUGUUUUUCAUUAUUUUAUUAUCUGUUUGUGAAGGCCGAUAUGUAAUAAUGUGCAUAAGCAGAAUGGCGUCCAACCUUUUAAUUUCGCUGCUUUGGGCUUGACUUGAAUAAAAUGUGUUUCGUGUUUGCUUGUUCUGUAUGUCUGCAUGUGUGUGUGUGUGUGUGUGUGUGUGCGUGCGUGCGUGCGUGCGUGCGUGUGUUGCAUGAACCGACACAACAUGGGAACUCCCUUGUCAAGGCGCCAGCGAUCUUUGAAUAUUCUGAAUAUGCAAAGUGACCAGAGAGUGAGGGAGGAGCCAGACAGAAUGUACCAUUACAAGCUCUUACUAGUUUCAUACCAGAAGAUCGUACUAACAAACUAUGUGAUUUGCUUGUGUUUUUUAUUCAGUAUUUUUUUUAAUUUUUACUUGUAUGAAUUAUUGUUUCUGUUGAAUUAGACAUUUAGAUUAGUAUGUUGUCCAUAUGUGUCUAUGUUUGUGUCCCUUGUUUGAUGCUAAGAAUUAGCUACAAGAUGCAUUUUGUUUAUUUAUGGUAUUUUUUAAAUCUAGUUUGUACAUUGUAAAAUAGCAACACUGGGGAGAUAUUGUAAUGAUUGCCAUAUUGCAUUGCAAUAAAUGCCAAAACCCAUCUAUUUAA